AACAGCCGCCAAACGAGGGGAAAAUAUGAAGCUAAAUUAAUUGCCCCCAUGUCUCUACUCUCCAACCCUGCAGUUUCCCCCGAGUCACAAAGAACCCGAAAACUUCCCUCCAACAUUAUAGUAUAUAUGACUGUGCGAUGACAGAACGGGGCAGCACAUGUACGAAACUGAAUGAAUGGUGAAAUACUCUCCCGAAACGGAAUUAAAGUUUCAUUCUCAGAGCGGAGACAGAAGGAUUGCAACAUCCCACCCGUCACUCGGAUGUGGAUCCCUGGUUGUGCGGAAGUGACGCAGUCACGGUCGCCCUAAUGAUAAAGUGGCAGCUGGUGGUGAGAUGAGUGUCUUUAAAAAGCUACAUUUAGCAAGAGCGCGGUAACGUUUCUGGACUAGGAUAUAGAAGAAGAGAUCAAGGUACAAACAAAUUGAAAAACAGAAGCUAUCAUGGAACGCACUGCAAAAGAAAACGAAGAUAGCACCACUGCUAAUGAUGCUGGAAUUCUGUCCAGAAUAGGACUUAAUGAUAACAAAGCUGGAAUGGGAGGUUUGGAUAAAGAAAAAAUUAACAAAAUAAUAAUGGAAGCUUCUAAGGGAUCAAGAUUCUAUGAAAAUGAACAAAAGAAGGAACAACAGGUGAAUCAACGUAUUGAGAAAAUGUUGCAGCAGAAAGUGCAGAUUACAGAGCAUCAGCUGAAGAAGCGUCAGCAGCAGGUGGAUCGAAUUGUGAUUGAAUUAAAGAAGAACCGUGAUCUUAGUCGCACAAUUGUACAUAUUGACAUGGAUGCUUUUUACGCUGCUGUGGAGAUGAAGGAUAACCCCGAACUGAAAGACAAACCCAUGGCUGUUGGAUCAAUGAGUAUGCUGUCAACAUCAAAUUAUCAUGCUCGGAAAUAUGGAGUACGUGCAGCUAUGCCUGGGUUUAUUGCUAAGAAGUUGUGUCCAAAUUUAAUUAUUGUUCCAGCACACUUUGAUAAGUAUCGAGCAGUAAGCAAAGAGGUACGAGAGAUAAUUGUAGACUAUGACCCCAAUUUCCUACCAGUAAGUCUUGAUGAAGCCUACCUGGAUAUAACAGAGCAUUUAGAACAAAGACAGAAUUGGCCAGAACACAAAAGGACAUAUUACUGCCAUGGAGAAGCAAAAGAAAACAUGGAUAGUUUACAGCUAUGCAAUGAAGAUGUGGGAGAUAUGGGAGAUAUUUCACCUAUACUUUUCAAGGAUAGCCCUCCCAUGUUGUCACAGCAGGAACCAGUUCACAGUGCAGUGCAACAGACAGAUGCUAGUUUGCAAAGCAAUGAAAAAGAAUCAUACCAGCAGGAGAAAGAGCCGAUUGUGUUUGGUAUUACAGCAGAGGAGGCUGUUAAAGAACUGCGCUUCAGAAUUGAACAGAAGACAAAAUUAACAGCAAGUGCCGGAAUUGCACCAAACAUGAUGUUGUCCAAAGUGUGCAGUGAAGUAAACAAGCCAAAUGGUCAGUAUCAAAUUCCACCAGACAGUGGUGCUAUGCUGAACUUCGUAAAGAAUCUGCCUAUUAGAAAGGUACCUGGUAUAGGAAAGGUAACAGAAAAAAUGCUGAAUGCAUUAGGAAUUACAACAUGCACUGAACUGUACCAGCAGAGGGCCCUGCUAUCCUUGUUGUUCCAUGAGAGUACCUGGCACCAUUUUUUACAGAUCUCGCUUGGUCUGAGUGAGACACACCUUGAAAGAGAUGGUGAUCGGAAGAGUAUGAGCACAGAAAGAACUUUCAAUGAAAUCAAUAAGGCAUCGGAGCAGUUCAGCUUAUGCCGUGAACUUUGUCAUGAUCUUGAGGAAGAUCUCCACAAGGAAGGACUAAGGGGGAAGACUGUAACUCUAAAAUUGAAGAACAUAAACUUUGAAGUGAAGACAAGAGCCUGCACAGUUCCAUCGGCAGUUUCUAAGGAAGAAGAAAUUUAUGCUGUUGCAUCUGAAUUACUGAAGACUGAGCUUGAGAACCUACAUCCUCAGCCACUGAGACUCAGACUUAUGGGUGUACGAAUUUCUGGGUUUGUCCAUCAGGAUGAGAAAAAACCUCCACAGAAAAGCAUCAUCAAUUUUCUCCAAACUGGAAAAUCUGAGACCUCAAUUUGCAGUUCUGAUCUUGAGUGCGUAGGCAUGAAGAACCCAAUACAACUAGCAGAAACAUCCAAAAGAGAAAGUUUCUUCAAUAAAAAGCGACAGCAAAAUAGCCAGGUUCUUGCAGUCAAACAGCAAGAAAAGUGCACAUCUACUAUAACGCCCCCAGCUUGCACAGUGGAUGAUGUGCAGCCCAAGGAUGAUGGCCUGGUUCUAGCAUUAAAGGCUACUGAUAAGUGCCCAAAAUGUUUAAAAAGACUAGGUAUAUCAACUUCAGAAGAAUUGAGGAACCAUAAUGAUUGUUGCCUAUGUGUAACAGUAGGGGAAGCAAAGGCAAGCUGCACAAUCAUGAAGGAUGCAUGUAUCUUGGAUACUAAUUUUAAAAAUGAAAAAAUAAUGGAUCCAAAUGAACAAAAAGGAACAGAGCAUCAGGAAAGCUGCUCAGAAAUGUGUCCGAGAAUUAUGGAUGUAGAUUUGCACGGAGGGAUUGAAAGUAACAGCUUUACUGGCGAAUCAUUAGUUAAAAACAUUACCUAUCCGAUUGUACAAUCUGGUAACCAGACUUGUCUUAAAGAUCACAUGCAGCCAUCUAACAGCACAGUAAGAUCUCUGACACUCAUUAAAGAUAAAUGCAUUUUAGAAGAAGAAUCUUCAGACCACUGCAAUUUGUCAGUUAUGUCUGGUAAAGAUAUUCAUUCAACACUGGAAUCAGUUCAGCUCGAUUCAACUAAAUCUAAUAUGAGCAGGUUAAAUUCCCCUUCGUUUGCACAACUCAACCUGUCAAAACUGGGUGCUCAGCAACAGUCAGCCCAGGCAGUAAAGCAUGCUACGUCAUUAAAGGGAAGGUUGUCUUCUGAAUCAGCAGAACCAACUGGUCUGGUAUGUCCAGUUUGCAACGUUAGGCAAGAAACAACAGAUCUUUCAUUGUUCAACGGGCAUGUUGAUAUCUGCCUAAAUCAAGGGGUUAUACAAGAGCUUACUGAAAGAUCAACACACCUAUUUUCCCAUGACUGCACUUCAAAGGAAAUAGGUCCAUCAGAAAUUGGAAAGGGAUCUUCAAAUUCAUUUGUUCGAACAAAAAGGACUGGAUCAACAGCCCAGCAGCCAAUAACUAAGAAAGCAAAGUGCAAUAGUUCCAUAAACACAAUUGAUAGAUUCUUUAAAUGAAAAGCUGCAAUGUAACAAAUAUCUGAUUUUAUUUCACUUUGAAUUACCUGUAAUGGAAAUGUAAGCAAGCACUUUUGUUUAUGUAUUUAAUAAAUUCUACAGAUCAGCAACUUUACAUUGAUUAGGUUGCUAAAGAAUUGUUCAUCACAUAGUUAAGUCAUACUUCAAAUGGCCAUACCUUCAUCAAUAAUGUAUAAUUAAUUUUAUCAACUGAAUUUAAUUGUAAUAAAUGAAUCUAUGAAAUGCUAUUUACAAGAAACAGUACAAAUUUGAAAUAAAGAGCAUAAUUGGGCUCUUAUAUCAUGUAAUAUGCAAAGAUUGUAAAAAAGAUCUCUAUUUCAGAGUAAUAUAUUUUUAAAUUCUAUAUGUUUAGUUAGUAUGAUUAAUUGUUAAUAUUUUAUAAGCUAUUUAUGAAAAUAUAUAAAGCUGUACUCAUUGAAUUAUUUUAAUGAAAGUUUUAAGUAUUUCUAUCAGUGAAGCAGUACUUCUUGGUUGACGUGAGAUUUGGUUCUGUCCAACCUUAUUCAUAGGUAUUAUUUGCAUUAAAAUCUGCAAUAUCUGCUUUUGCAUGUAAAGUUUUUCUGGAUCUGUUUUAAUGUAACUAGUCAUCUGGUGAAACAUUUACUAAUAAUGUGACAUUGUGUUCUAAAACAUUUAUUUGUUAGCAUUAGCAGUUAGAGGGAGAAGCCUUUUGAUAAACCAGUUACUUGCUUUAUUUUCUCAGUUUACAUGCUUUAUUUAGCUCAAUAAGCUGAGGAAUAGCUUGCAAAACAGAAAAUAUUGCAAAUUAGUGGUAGAUGGCUAUUUGACCUGUGCCUACCUUGCCAUUCAGUACAAUUAUGUCUGAUCCCCUAUGUCAAUACCACAUUCCCAGAAAUCUUUCCAUCUCUUUCAGUAUAUUCAGUCACAAAUGUUUUGCACCAUUUCCUGAGCUAAUGACCCAGAGUAUUAGGCCCCUCCUUCACCAACAUCAUUGUCAGACAGAAAAACAGCCUCCCUGUACCAAGCAUGUCAUUCCCUGUCAGAGUUAUGCAUGUUUCAGUGUAAUCCCUACCCAUUCUCAUUUAUAGGGAAAACAGGUCUUGGUAGCUUAAUCUCCCUGUCUGAUUGUCCCUCCAUCCAAAAAACCAUUCUGGGGUACAUUCACUGCACCACCUCUAUGGCAAUAUAUUCUUAUAUAAGUAAGAACACCAGAACUGCACAAAAUACUCCAGCUGCAGUGUCACCAAAGCGUUCUACAAUUAUUGUAAAAUGGUUCUAUGCUAGUUUAUUUCUGUUUAAUACUGAUCACCCCAAAAAUAGACAGUGUACCAAUGCAACCAAAAUUACUGUUGUUGCAAAAUAGAAAAAUAAAUAUAUUGAAGAUUGUUCAAGAGGAGAAAGUGAAUAUAAGAUGUUAUUAAAUGUUCAAAUGUGAAAGACUGACUUUUAUAUUGUAAAUUUCACAGCUUCUAAUAGCUUGACCUCCAAUGUUCUUUAUCUCCAGCACUACUUUCAAAAUGAAUGAUAUUUAGGAAGUUGGUAGCUGAUGUGCAUUCUUGCACAAGCUCCCACAAAAGUGAAAUGUAAUAUUCAGCUACUAUUUUGUUUUGUUGGUUUUAUUAAGAAACUAACAUUGAUCAGGACAUAAAGGAUACCUCUUUGUUAAGGCAAUGAGAUCAUUUCCACUAUCUGAGAGAACAGACGAGAUUUGGUUUAACAAUUCCUCAGAAGGAACCCACCACUUUCCGUAUCUUGGAAGUCACCUGUCCUCCAAUGUUGUCCUUAAUGACGAGAUCCAACAUCAUCUUAAAUGUGCUGGAAUAAGCUUUUGGACGUCUCUGAACAAGAGUCUUCCAUGAUCAUGACAUCCGAACAGACACCAAAAUGUUAGUGUACAAAGCUGUGGUAAUCCCAAUGCUCCUGUAUGCAUCAGAAAGAACAAAGAACAAUACAGCACAGUACAGGCCAUUUGGCCCACAAUGUUGUGCCGACCCAUAAACCCUGCCCCACAUAUAACCCUCCACCUUAAAUUCCUCCAUAUACCUGUCUAGUAGUCUCUUAAAUUUCACUAGUGUAUCUACCUCCACCACUGACUCAGGCAGUGCAUUCCACGCACCAACCACUCUCUGAGUAAAAACCCUUCCUGUAAUAUCCCCCUUAAACUUUCCUCCUUAAAGCCAUGUCCUCUUGUAUUGAGCAGUGGUGCCCUGGGGAAGAGGCGCUGGCUGUCCACACUAUUCCUCUUAAUAUCUUGAAUACCUCAAUCAUGUCUCCUCUCAUUCUCCUCCUCUCCAGAGAGUAAAGCCCUAGCUCCCUUAAUCUCUGAUCAUAAUGCACACUCUCUAAACCAGGCAGCAUCCUGGUAAAUCUCCUCUGUACCCUUUCCAAUGCUUCCACAUCCAUCCUAUAGUGAAGCGACCAGAACUGGACACAGUACUCCAAGUGUGGCUUAACCAGAGUUUUAUAGAGCUGCAUCAUUACCUCGCAACUCUGAAACUCUAUCCCUCGACUUACGAAAGCUAACACUCCAUAAGCUUUUUUAACUACCCUAUCUACUUUUGAGGCAACUUUCAGGGAUCUGUGGACAUGUACCCCCAGAUCCCUCUGCUCCUCCACGCUCCCAAGUAUCCUGCCAUUUACUUUGUACUCUGCCUUGGAGUUUGUCUUUCCAAAGUGUACCACCUCACACUUCUCUGGUUUGAACUCCAUCUGCCACUUCUCAGCCCACUUCAGCAUCCUAUCAAUGUCUCUCUGCAAUCUUCAACAAUCCUCAACACUAACCACAACACCACCAACCUUUGUGUUGUCUGCAAACUUGCCAACCCACCUUUCUAUCCCCACAUCCAGGUUGUUAAUAAAAAUCACGAAAAGUAGAGGUCCCAGAACCAAUCCUUGUGGGACACCACUAGUCACAACCCUCCACUCAGAAUGUACUCCCUCCACCAUGACCCUCUGCUUUCUGCAGGCAAGCCAAUUCUGAAUCCAUCUGACCAAACUUCCCUGGAUCCCAUGACUUCUGACUUUCUGAAUAAGCCUACUGUGUGGUAGGCUGGACAACAUACAACAUCUGAAGGCACUUGAAAAGCUCCAUCAAUGCUGUCUUCAAAACAUCUUAAGUAUCAGCUGGGAAGAUAGAAGAACCAAUGUCAGUGUGCUAAAUGAAGCAAAAACAACAAGCAUUGAAGCCUACGUCAUCAAAAACCAACUAAGAUGGAGUGGUCAUGUUGUUCGGAGGAAAGAUGAAUGUCUGCCGAAAAAAAUCUCCUACUCCAGCUUAAAGAAGGCAAACAUAAAAGAUGCAGACAACAGAAGAGAUUCAAAUAUACUGCAUAUGUUAAUCAAAAUGGCUUCUUCGUUAAAAGUAAAACUGCUUCUUUGUUAUGUUAACUGGUGAGAGAGUGCUUUUCUUGCAGAGCACUCUCGAAGCUUGUUUGGGUUUAAGUUGCUGAUAACGGUAUUGUAUUCAUUUGUUAACCAAUUGGGUUGGAUGUUAUUUUCUCUUGUGAGUCUGGGAGCUGGGAUUGCAUGGUCUUUUUGGGAGUCGGGAAGAAGACGGCGAGGAAGGUGGAUAGGUGCGGCACUGCUGGUCGAUCACCAAGGGCGGUCCCAGGUGCGGAGGUCGGAGAAGAGCGAAGAGUAGUUGGAGGAUUUGAUGACUGAGCUCCAACGAUGUGCACUAAUUGACAGAACUUUGAUAAGUUUUGGCGCCUUUUCUUAAUUUUCUUUCCCUUCAUAUAUAUUGUAUUGUUAUUAAUCACUAUCACUUAGUUCUAGUAAGAUUUAUAAAGUGUAUUCUGUA